GCCAAACUUGCUGAUCAACUUUGCAGUAAAACAUAAGAAUCUCUCUGCGGGUUUUUCACCAACAAUUUGCGCGGGCAUUCUCUCUCACCACAAAUGGAGGUAAAUUCAGUGCAGGACAUACUGAAUUUGCUUAUUUCUUCUGCAUUCCGGAGAUGCCGCAUGUUAGACGAUCUAUGCAGAUUAUCGGUGUCGAUUAAACCCACGCGAUCUUCAGUUCUAAUUUCAGUUUCUGAUACAGGCACUGGGAACAUUUUGGAGGAAUUUAGUCAAUUUGAAUACAAAAACAACACUGUUUUGUCUGGUAAAUGGGAUGGGCUUCUUUCUGUAAUGACCACAAGGAGCUCUGACAAAGAAAUACAUCACUUAAAAUUUGACUUAAAAGAAGUUGUUGCCUCAAGAAGACUGGUGAGACUGCCAUCAGUAACAAAGAGUGGUGCAAAAUUCAGGCAAUCUGUUUUUACCUCUUUCGCGUGUCUAAUGUAUUGUCUACCAUGCAAACAUAUUUACUUUUGGUUUAAUUUUCAGUGGAACUGGUACAUACCUCCUCAUAUAUGCUGUUCAAGUGGAGUCUUACUGAAUUACUUAUUGCUCAUAGUCAGCUCACUCCAUUAUGUUUGUAUGCAGAUUCUUCUUCUAAAAGCAUUUAAGAUUGCUAUUGAACUGAUAGUUGAAUCUGGUGGUGGUGCAAAAUCAUAUCUUCUGCAAAAUGCAUGCAGCAUCCAAGCUACGAAUGAUGUGAAUAGUUACAACCUGACGUUGGGACUAGAAGAAUAUGUUUCCAAGCAUGGGAACAAACUUUCCGAAGCUUGUCACUCUUGCUUCUCAACUGGGAAGAAUCUCAAAGUUGGUUCUGGGGUAGCUUGUAGCAGAGAAAACCACCAAAACUCAGGCCAGGUGAUGGAAGUUGUAAUCAUCAUCAGCAAUGUAUCAAUGUUGGACCAGCCUUCCUGCUCCAGAUUCUAUGGCCGUAGAACAGAGGUCUUGUACUUCAAAGAUUUCUCACCCUGCUCAAUGCCACAAUCAUCUCUUGAAGCAUUGAACAGCAUUGACUGGAAAAAUUAUGGAUUAGUUCUAAAAAGUGUUGGAGAUCAAGAUGGCAUCACAAUAUUAGAGUGGGAAAAUUUACCCCCGUGCUCGCACAUUGAUAUUGCACUCCACAUAUAUGAUAAACAAUUGCCUUGCUCGCACAGUAACAGAACUGAUAGGUACCUUACCAGGAAAGCUCUCAAGCUUGCAUUGUCUGACCUGAAGAAGAGGAAUGCAGGAACAUUACUCAGUGAGCGUGCUGUCAAGAUAUGCAAUUAUGCACCCGAUCUUGCCAAAACAAUUUCAGGCUUGAUCAUGUCUUCGCUAGACUUGAACUUCAAAAGAGAAUGUUUUUCUCUACUUGGGCUGCCAACUCCGGAACAUGAAAAGGAUAUUGUUGAGAACUGCAUCAAAGAUAAGAUUGUUUCUGUCAUAGCAACAAAUGACAAUGGUAGGCGGGGAACCAAGGAAGCUCCGGCACUUUUCGAGCAGGGCCCCGAGAAGGCAUACGAAGGUGUAGGCGAGUAUUUUGAUACAUAGUGGCAUCCUACUUACGCAACCACAUUUAUAGAAUAUAUUGUUUAUGUUCAAAAGAGAAGCCUAUGUUGUUGAGACAAUUAGUACGACGACGAGAUUUUAAGGCCCGCAUUUAAGUUUUGGACUCUUGAGUAGUUAAACUAGAUAUUGGAAUAUGACAUAAUUUAAGUGAGUAAGAGCAAAGUUCUAUUUUUGGCACA